AUCCAACCCCUCUUUAUGGGCCUAAGUUGGGCCUAUUCACGUUUUACAUCAGUGAAGAGAUAACGGCAAAGUCGCAAUUCGAUCGGAGACUGGGUUGAUGAUCGGCGACGGACGACAAUGGAGAGAAACGUCGAGAAGAUGCUGAACAAAGUAUCACUCGCGUUCUUAAGCAUCGGAACAUUGAUAAUGGUGAUUAUGAUUCUCCAGACGCCGAAGACUUGUAUGUCACCAGAAGCUCCGGCGAAACCUCAUACGCAUUUCCCGAGAUCCACCUGCGAUUCAUCGCCACGUCAGCAUCUUCCUCUCCACAAGAAGAACGCUAGAACCUGGUCAUCUAAAGCUUGGAAAUCGCGUCUCUCUUCCUUCUCCGAUUACUUCCUUCGGUUUCGCGAUCUCGGAUUCCUUCAGAAUCAAACCAAAGCUCUCUGUCUAUCCGCCGGCGCAGGCCACGCUCCGAUGGCUCUUUCUCAGAUCGGAUUAGUUGAUGUGACUGCGGUUGAGUUGGUCGAUUCGGUUCCGAUUGUGAAAAGAGCUGAUCCUCAUAACCUUCCGUUUUUCGACGGUGUUUUUGAUUUUGCAUUCACGGCGCAUCUUGAUGAAGCUCUGUUCCCGUGGCGGUUCGUGGAGGAGAUGGAGAGGACGGUGAGAGGUGGAGGGUUUUGUGUUGUUGCGGUUGAUGAAUGUGGUGGAGACGAAGUUAGAGACGUUUCUAAGUUGUUUACUAAUUCUAAGGUUGUUGAUGUUGCCAAUGUAACUCUAGAAGGAUCCAAAAGGACUAGUAUACUUUUCAAAGUUCAAGACUCUCCUACAUGAGAGGUGUUUUUAUCUUUGCCUCGUUCUCCUUUGGUUGCGAUGAACCAAUACUUGAUGAUGUGUGUAUUUGUGCAAGAGUUUCAAUAGAUCAAAUGGUGAAGCUUUGUGUACUUGUUUUGUAUACCUCAAGAAGCAACACAGUUGAUGGAAGCUGGCAAUGUUUCUUGCGAAUUCAAAGAUCAGUGAAAGCUUUCUCUAUCUUCUCUU